AGCGCACCACGGGGAGCAGGACAAAUUUGUGAGCAUAGAGAGCGGGCGGGGUAUCUGUGAGGAGUUUCCCGCGGCGUUCCCAAGUUACUGCGUGCUGUCGUGAGAUGUGCUUCUGCCUGGCAGGACAGGCGUGAGGACUGAGCUCUCACGCGCUUGGCCAGGAAAGCAAUGUUGACAGACACCAGGCGCAAUGAGAGACAAGUAGGGUAAGAGCGAAUCUCAGCUCAUUCCAGAUGCAGAGGUAAACAACCGCCGUUUGCACCGCUGUCCUCAAAGAGGUACCCAGCGGACCCUUCCCUGAACCUUGGACUGAUGCUGGCGCAACUCCGGCAGCCUGUACCGCCGGCUUCUGCAGAGGUCUUGGCUGGAAGGAGGUGUGUGCCUGUGGGAGCAGGAAUCCUUUGAACUGUCUACACUAGACCUCUUUGGCCUUGUGUGGAUGUGGAAAUCACUUAAGGCUGCUUUCCCUCCUUGUAAUUAGUAUUCCGCUGAUCGAGUGCAUCUGCAGGGUUUGCCUCUGGCUCCUCCUCGUUGAACCUUAGGUGUGAGCUGGGAAAAAGGCGCCCUGCUUCUCUGGAAUGUAUGCUGUACUUGGACUUCUUCGUGGGUUCACUUGGCACAAGGCUAGUUGCUGGUAUUGAGCCUUCUAGCGUGGAUUAAUACAAAAGGAUCUUUGCUCUGAAUGCCUUCACGUUUUAUAUCCUUAACCCUUCGGAUUUCUUAGAUGUCAUAGUUCAGGUACCUAUUACACCAUUCCUUGGCAAAGGGUACUCAGCACUGGUGACCUCUUCCAGUGCAGCACUCUACAAAUUAUUAUCUCUGGACUCCCAGCUGACACACUGCCGGAGGCAAAAGCUACCAAGCCAGCUAGAACUGCGCCUAUUCUCUUGUCAAGGUUUUUUUCUUAUACAGGGAAAAAGAAGAAAAAAAAGAUGAAGCUGGGCAAAGUAGAGUUGUGCCAUUUUCUACAGCUUAUAGCUCUCUUCCUGUGCUUCUCUGGGACAAGUCAAGCUGAGCUGCCAAGGUCCAGAUCCAAGCCGUAUUUUCAGUCAGGGAGAUCCCGAACCAAGCGCAGUUGGGUGUGGAAUCAGUUCUUCGUGCUGGAAGAAUACAUGGGUUCAGAUCCCCUCUAUGUAGGCAAGCUUCACUCUGAUGUUGAUAAAGGAGAUGGUUCCAUCAAAUACAUCUUGUCAGGCGAAGGGGCGAGUUCCAUUUUCAUUAUUGAUGAGAACACUGGGGAUAUUCAUGCCACCAAGAGACUGGACCGGGAGGAGCAGGCCUAUUACACACUCAGAGCCCAAGCUCUGGACAGACUCACCAACAAGCCUGUGGAGCCCGAAUCUGAGUUUGUGAUCAAAAUUCAGGAUAUCAAUGACAAUGAGCCCAAAUUUCUGGAUGGCCCAUACACAGCAGGAGUUCCUGAAAUGUCUCCUGUGGGGACUUCAGUGGUACAAGUGACGGCCACAGAUGCUGAUGAUCCUACCUAUGGCAACAGUGCUCGGGUGGUCUACAGUAUUCUGCAAGGACAGCCAUACUUUUCUGUGGAACCAAAGACAGGAGUCAUCAAGACUGCCCUUCCAAACAUGGAUAGAGAGGCUAAAGACCAGUAUUUGCUUGUCAUUCAGGCAAAGGAUAUGGUUGGUCAAAAUGGCGGACUGUCUGGAACCACUUCAGUCACCGUGACCCUAACUGAUGUCAACGAUAACCCACCUCGCUUUCCACGACGAUCUUACCAGUAUAAUGUUCCAGAAUCUUUGCCUGUGGCAUCAGUCGUGGCCAGAAUUAAAGCUGCUGAUGCAGAUAUAGGAGUUAAUGCAGAAAUGGAAUACAAAAUAGUGGAUGGUGAUGGACUGGGUAUUUUCAAGAUAUCUGCUGACAAAGACACACAGGAAGGAAUCAUUACAAUACAAAAGGAACUCGAUUUUGAAUCCAAAACAAGUUACACGCUGCGCAUAGAAGCUGCAAAUCGUGAUGCUGAUCCCCGCUUCCUAAGUUUGGGUCCCUUCAGUGACACAACAACCGUAAAGAUAAUCGUGGAAGAUGUGGACGAGCCCCCUGAGUUUUCCUCACCCUUGUACCCAAUGGCGGUGUCAGAAGCUACGCAGGUGGGAAAUGUCAUUGGCACUGUAGCAGCUCAUGACCCGGAUUCUUCUAACAGCCCUGUAAGAUAUUCAAUUGACAGAAACACAGACUUGGAGAGAUAUUUCAAUAUCGAUGCCAACAGUGGAGUUAUCACUACUGCUAAAUCAUUGGAUCGAGAGACAAAUGCUGUUCAUAACAUUACAGUCCUCGCAAUGGAAAGUCAGAAUCCAUCUCAGGUUGGGAGAGGCUAUGUGGCCAUCACUAUACUGGACAUUAAUGACAAUGCACCCGAGUUUGCCAUGGACUAUGAAACCACUGUCUGUGAAAAUGCUCAGCCUGGUCAGGUUAUCCAGAAAAUCAGUGCUGUAGAUAAAGAUGAGCCAUCUAAUGGACACCAGUUUUACUUCAGCUUAACAACAGAUGCAACAAAUAACCACAACUUUUCAUUGAAAGAUAACAAAGACAACACAGCUUCAAUACUCACCAGGAGAAAUGGCUUCCGCAGACAGGAACAGUCAGUUUACUAUCUGCCAAUUUUCAUUGUGGACAGUGGAUCUCCUUCACUGAGCAGCACCAACACACUCACCAUCCGUGUCUGUGACUGCGAUGCCGAUGGCAUCGCGCAGACCUGCAACGCAGAGGCCUAUGUUCUGCCUGCCGGCCUUAGCACCGGAGCCCUGAUAGCAAUCCUGGCCUGUGUCUUGACACUGUUGGUGCUGAUCCUGCUCAUCGUCACAAUGAGAAGACGGAAAAAAGAGCCUCUUAUUUUUGAUGAGGAGAGGGAUAUUAGAGAAAACAUUGUCAGGUACGAUGAUGAAGGUGGGGGAGAAGAGGAUACCGAAGCCUUUGACAUGGCUGCUCUGAGAAACCUCAACGUGAGGGACACCAAAACCCGCAGAGAUGUGACUCCUGAAAUUCAGUUCUUGAGUCGACCGACUUUUAAAAGCAUCCCAGAUAAUGUAAUUUUUAGGGAAUUUAUUUGGGAAAGACUGAAAGAAGCUGACGUGGAUCCAGGAGCUCCUCCAUAUGACUCUCUACAGACCUAUGCUUUUGAAGGAAAUGGCUCAGUUGCUGAAUCACUCAGUUCUUUAGAUUCCAUCAGCUCAAACUCUGAUCAGAAUUAUGACUACCUAAGUGACUGGGGUCCCCGCUUUAAACGGCUGGCUGACAUGUAUGGAAACGGCCCAGAGAGUUUGUACUCAUAGCCUUGGACAGUUCACUUGAAAUGUACUGAAUAAAAAGGCAGCAUCAAAAAAAGAAAAAAUAAAUAAAUAAAAGAGAAGGAAAAGGGGGAAGUAUCACAUGCAGUAAACAAGAACUUUCACUUGUGGGCCAAAAGAGGUUGUAAAUAUGUGUCCAUUUUUAGCUAUUACAGUUUCUGCCUUGAUGAAACAUUCACUAGAUUUCACUGACCAGACUCUGAGCAUUUAAAGUUUUUUUUCUUUCUUUCUUUUUAAAUUGUAAUUGUUUAUUUAUUUGAUAAAAAAAUACUUAGUAGUUUGUGAAUAGAUAGCAACUUUUGUAUACUUGCAAGGGCACCUAAACUGCCUGAUAAAGUCAUGAUCUGUGUUGUCAGUGAGCCAAGGACAGCCUGCACAAACAUUCAUGGUACACUCUCUGAGAAGAAUAGAGCAUGCUGUGCCAUUGAAAAAUCCCAGAACUUCUUGCUUAUCAAAUCUUGGGAGAUUUUGAUUUCUAUUGAAGCUUUUAGGCUUGCUAUAUGAUAGAGUUCAACACAAUUUUAUUUCUGCUGGUGCUCAGAAAUGUUUUACUUUAUUUAUUAAUAUAUAAAUCCUCACAAUAACUUUCCUAAAUGAAACUCUCAAUAAAAAAAACAAUAAAAUUGAAUUUAAGGCAACAUAAAUUAUUGUUUUGCCAACAAAUUAUAGGAAGUGUUCCCAAUAAGGAAAAGGUAAAUAAUUCUUCAAGGUUCAAGUAGUUUUGAAAUGCUUGUGUAGGUAUGAUUUAAAACAAUAGUUGCUGUCUAUUUGUUAAUUUUUAUGAUCUCUUCUGAUUUAUACAGGAGAAUAUAUUUUUAUUUGACACAUAGUGUUGUGUUUAUUUGGAGCUCCAGCCUCCACUCUGUUCAGGUUCAUCUUACUGCCUCAUGGUAUUCAGCUCAUCAGCACGUGCUGGCUUUUCUGCAGUUUGGAUUACAGGAAGGAGAUGAAAUAUGGAAAUGGCAAAAUAACUGCACAACAGCUGAGCCUCAUUGCCAUCCAUAUCUCAAAGAGGAGCCAAGCUCCAAGGAUGUACAAAGUUUUCCUCUGAGCCACUAGAGAGAACAAAACUGUGGGAAUAAAAUAUUUGUAUUUCAUUAAGACUUUGGGGAGAGUAGAGAUUUUUCUUUGAUGCAGGAAUUAUUCUCCAAAAUCAUGAGCUCUAAGUGCUCCAAAGACUGUUCAAGGACUGUUUCCCAACUUCUUUUGCUCUAAACAUUGACUGAAAGAUUGAGUUUUUAAAUAUAUUUUAAAAAGUAUGAUGCUAUACAUUUUCAACCCAUUGUGUCCCCCAAGGACUGAAAGACAUGUAAUUUCUCUAUGGUUUGGAUGUGCCAAAGGGAAGGGAGAAAUUUCAAGUAACUGUAUGUGUUUAAGAUUAAGAUGGAUGUCUCAGCAUAAGAUGACUUUUAUAAAUAAUAAUAUUUCUACUUAUUUUCCUAGAUUAAUACUAGUUUAUUGUGCAUAUAAUCAAGUAAGAAUGAAUUUAUUUUUUUCCUUACUUUCUUCUUUCAAAAUUAAUUCAUUGUUGGGUUCUGAGUAAACCUGCAGGUGAACACUGUAUAAGAAUUGUGUUCUAAAAAUCUCCUUCUGAGAAGCAGAAUUCAGAACUAGAAUAUUAUGUUGAUUAAGUGAGGAGAAGUUAUGUAGGAUGCUGUAACUUGCAGUCCAUUAUUAGAAAUGGAGUAUGUGAAAGAGGCCUUCAGCUUCAUAUUAUCAGUAAUUCAAUAAAUUUGAUUAUCUGCAAACAGACCUUUAGUUGAAUAAUUUAUUUAGAUGCUGGUCCUUGACUAGAGAGACUACACUUCUUGCUGUAUUCACAGACAUACACAUAAAAUUUUACAACAGAGUAAAAUGUCCUGUUGAUAACUCUUAGACAUAUAUGAAAGUUUUUCCAAUUAAAACAAACUUCAUACUUACCUAGUUCAAUAAAAUCAGAUAGUGGUGUCAGAAUCAUAUAGAAGCUGAAUCUAUAAAAGUGCUAAGAAAAAUUACAAACCCCCUAAAGUCUGGGAGAAAAUGAAAUAGUUACUUCAGGGAAUAGUGGCAUCAAAACUUCUGAUUUUCACACAUAUCACAAAAUGAUGAUGUGGUUGCUUUUUUGCAAAAGGAAGCUACCAUUGUCAUGCAGAUUUUCUCACCUUAAAAAGUGAAUGGAUUUUACCCUUUAAAUCUUAUCCAGCUUUUGCUAGUGGUAGCUUGAGAAAAAAAUAACGGUUCUACUUUAACUACUGGUUUGAAAUUGAUUGUAUCUAUCACAUACUGAUUUGUUUCUGUUGUAGUUUUUGAUAUUGAUGAGGAUAGAUAGACAAAAGUCCUUACUAUCAGUAGAAUUUUUAUGACACUUCAAACUUAACAGCAAUGGGGUAAAUUUGUUAUUAUUUAUUCUUUUAGCUUUUUUAUGUUCUAAAAUCUAAUGCUAUAACUGGCAUAAUACUUCAGAGCUAAGAGAUUGCAUCAGUUGACUGAAGAUAUGAAUUAUUACAUAUAUUUUGAGCUUUUUCAAAGUUUAUUUAAAUAUAUGUAUCUAUCAUUUAGUGGAUUAAAUUUGUCAUUGUACUUUAAGCAGUAAGAAGUUGCUCAAGAAGCAACAUGUAUCUCAUUUUUCAAAUUCACUUACAUUGAUAUGAUUUUGAUGUGAGUUGGAUCUGUUGGUUUUCUUUUUAUUUGGGGGGCAGGAUCCUAUCCAAUAGCCUAUGGUUGCCUCAUACCCACAGCAAUCCACUCACUUCAAUCUCUGGUCUACCUGAAUUAAAGUUUUAAGUGACCAUGCCUGACUUUUAAAUCCUGAACUAUUUUAUAAAACCUUAACUCAUUAUUAUAGGUAUAUUAUGAAUAAAUGUAACAUCAAAGAAUGAUCCUAAAAGACUUACUGAAUUAUAUCCCUAAACAUAGAUGCACCUAUGGAAGUAAACUGUGGACAGCAGAAACCCCAUGCUUUAUUAUGAUACUCAGUGUCUUAACAAGUCUAGUCCAGAAAACCAGGGAAGUAACCCACACAUUUAAAUAGUUUUCAUUUCUACAAAACAGUAAUGCAUCGUGUGCAAAGUAAUUUUUACUUUGAACAGUUAAUUUCUUUAAAAUCUAAUAUGAACAUUUAUUACUAUGUAAAUUGAGGAAAUAUACCCAAGUACUUUUUUGAAUUAUUAUUUUUGUGUAAUUUUAAAUCAUCAUAAAGAUAUAAACCAUCCCCCAGACAAUACACCUUUUUCCAGCGGCAAACAAAAAUCAAGAAUGAAAUCAAGAAAAAAAAAUUGACAUGUGAACGUUGUACCAUUAAUUUGCUCAGUGGACCUGGCUCUCUGUUCCAUUGCUAUAAACUUCUGCUGGGGCAGAGUGCAGUUGUGUCUGGGUACAGAAUGUGCAGGGUAUACACAUGACAGUGAUCUGAUGGUUCUACCAUCUAUAAACAUGUUCAAUUACCUUAACUCUGAACCCAUUCCAUCUAUACUUGCCUUGGUAAUGAACAGGAACAGACAACAGUUCUUCACCAUUAGGAGAGCCGUACAGGGAUGAGCAACAUCCAUCAUAUGACUCACAAGCAGCAAUGGGAACACCAACACAGUGUUAACACUACUAUUCAGUCUCAACCUGGAAGGAGCUGAAAAUAAGCUGGUAAGUACAUGGUAUAAGGAAAACAAUUCAGUUUAAAUUUUCUAAGCACUAACAAGAAAUAUUAAUCACCACAUUUCAAUUUUAACCCAACAUCUGUUGACUUACACACUGUUUUAAUUGCCCUAAUUGCUUUAUUUAAUCACCAUUUAGAAGUUUAUUUAUAGUUAAUCUAAUUUAAUUAUAUUUGAUUAAAUCUUCAUCUUAACUCUUUCAAGUCAGAGAUAGCUGAAGGCAAGUAAAAGAUGUGAUAAUUAAUACAUGAGUUCAUCUACUUUCUGUUAGUCUAUAUUUAUUUUGAUCUUGAAUAGGCAGUCUUAAUUAUUCAUAAUAAGUAAUGUGCAUAGAUACAAUGGCAUAUAAAACUUUGGCAGGGAAGCCCAAUACAGUCAUGUGUGGUAACUAAAUAUAAGUGAAAAAGAUUGAUACUCAAACUCCAAUGCCUUGAAUAUAAUAAAGAAUACAAAAAAAUUUACAACCCUUGAAUUUUUCAUUUAAUUGGAUUAUUUUCCGAAGAAAUGUAAUGAAUGCUUAAGAACAUGAGAGAUAGCUAAUGCUGCGAUUUGAAAACAAUUAGAAAGAGAAAAUUCCCAGUAUAAACUGUAAGCAGAAAUGAAUUUGAAUCAAAGUCCCACACAUUUAAUUGCAUUGGUGACGUCUACACACUUGGAGUUUACCUGAAACUGACAGUUGUCCGAGUAUCCAUACAUGUGUGAGAUUGGCAUCACUGAGAAACUUGUCUGGAGCAACUGAAAACAAAUUAGUGCAAUGUCAGCUGAUUAAAGUUGUAUAUUAUGCCUAUUGCCAAAUUUAAGUAUGCUUUAAAAAAUGCAAUUUUUAUUUAGAUGUAUAUUGUCACGUUUCCCUUGCCAUGUAGAUGUGAUCUCAUUUUUCACUCAGGAUCUGAAAUGUGAACUGUUUUUUGUGAUUUGCUAUCAGACUUUUCUUCUUUAAUAUUAGCUGUCCAAGGUCAACAAACCUAUUCCAGGAAUCAAAUGUAAGCACAUACAUCUGAGGCAUAGGCACAAGGGUGAUUCUCUACACUUUAAUAUUUUCAUUAUUUAAACAGAGUUAUUGACUAUAUUAUUUAUUUAAGAUGCUUAUGAGAUUAACUGAAAGUAUUUUGCAAAGUGUAAAGCAGAGUAAACUGUUAAGUUUUUAUGAAAUAACAUGGAAAUUCUUUUAAAUGAUUGAUUGUAUUUGCUUUAUAUAUUAAAUUCAGACAAUUUUUGAAUGUUGAAACAGAUAAUUGGUAUAAUUAAUAGAAAAUAGACUAAAAAAAACUACUAGAGCAUUUUAAUACAUCUGACCUCAGUCUAUUUAGUCAUUUAUAAACGUUAGAGCUAUCAAUUUAUAUAACAAGUAACAAAUACAGUAAAAUUUUUCUCACUCAUGUCAUGGCUGGGUGGGCUCUUAGAUGAUUUAGUACUACUACUGAACAAAACAUAUGCACAAAUGUUAGAGAUUCUUGAAGCAAUGAUACUCAGAAGUCAGUUGGUAUGUAGGCACCCAGAACAGAAAAGAAAAAAAAAAUCAGAUUUUUGAAAAUUCAGUAACUGCGCGCGCGCACGCGCGCGCACACACACACGCACACACACGCACACACACACACGCACACACAUACACACACACAGGUACAUAUACAGAUUCAAAUGUCUUCAAAUUUGCAUACCUAUAUAGUUUAAAAUUGUGAAACAUAUAUACAACUUAAAAUUUUAUAUUUAUAAAGACAUUGAUAUUGUACACACACACACUAUAUAUAUAUAUACAUAUAUAUAUAUAUUCAGUAUUUUCACACAUUUAUACAAGUGUAGGUUAAAGGUUAAUUUAAAAAGUGGCUUUUGAUACUUGCUUUCCAUUUUUAAAUUAAUUAUACCUACCAGAUCUAAUCUCUACAAUGUUAUGUUAACACAUUUGAUAAAAGACCAUAAUGCUGAAGCUUCUCACUACUAUAAAUUUCACAAUUCUCAAAAUGUAGACA